GCAGCAGCAGCAGCAGCAGCGCUCCCGCACCACACAGCGCUCAUCACCUUUCCUCUGCACCGUCUUACACCCCGGCAGACAUGGACCUGGACGUGCUGAUGUCCGCGCUCCCCGUCCUCCACGCGUCUGCGCUCUAGCCGUGCGCUCCGCGGGCCCCGAGACGGCACGUCCCCGCUGCACAACCGCGACAAGGAGACUGUUGUUAUUGCGUCCCCAUCGGCUGAGACGCCACCGUGUAAGGUCGAGGCUAGAGACUUGUGCAGCAGCAGAGAGAAGAGAGAGAGAGAGAGAGAGAGAGAGAGAGAGAGAGGGAGAGGACCGCACGGUCGUGACAGCAGAGGGCCGAUUUUUCAGGAUAUCGUGGCGACCGAGGGCGGCUUUCUGCGUCCUCCAUCAUGGCGAGUGACUCUCCGGCUCGGAGUCUGGACGAAAUCGACCUGUCCGCUUUGAGGGAUCCUGCUGGCAUCUUUGAGCUGGUUGAGCUGGUGGGAAAUGGCACCUACGGGCAGGUGUACAAGGGUCGCCAUGUUAAGACCGGGCAGCUGGCAGCCAUCAAGGUCAUGGAUGUCACUGGGGAUGAAGAAGAGGAGAUUAAAGCGGAAAUUAACAUGCUGAAGAAGUACAGCCACCACCGGAACAUCGCCACCUACUACGGAGCCUUCGUCAAGAAGAACCCUCCCGGCAUAGACGACCAGCUCUGGCUGGUCAUGGAGUUCUGCGGAGCCGGCUCGGUGACGGACCUGAUCAAGAACACCAAGGGCAACUCUCUGAAAGAGGAGUGGACCGCUUACAUCUGCCGAGAGAUUCUCAGGGGCCUGACUCAUCUCCAUCAGCACAAGGUCAUCCACAGAGACAUCAAGGGACAGAACGUCCUGCUGACUGAGAACGCAGAGGUCAAACUAGUGGACUUCGGUGUUUCGGCCCAGUUGGACAGAACAGUGGGAAGGAGGAACACUUUCAUCGGGACGCCGUAUUGGAUGGCGCCCGAGGUCAUCGCCUGUGACGAGAACCCCGACGCCACGUACGACUUCAAGAGUGAUUUAUGGUCAUUGGGAAUCACGGCAAUAGAGAUGGCUGAAGGAGCACCACCGCUGUGCGACAUGCACCCAAUGAGAGCCCUCUUCCUCAUCCCGCGCAACCCCGCCCCCAGACUCAAGUCGAAAAAGUGGUCAAAGAAGUUCCAGUCGUUCAUUGAGAGCUGCCUGGUGAAGAGCCACAGCCAGAGACCCAGCACGGAGCAGCUCCUCAAGCACCCGUUCAUCAGGGACCUGCCAAACGAGAGGCAGAUCCGCAUCCAGCUGAAGGACCACAUCGACCGCACCAAGAAGAAGAGGGGAGAGAGGGAUGAGACAGAGUACGAGUACAGCGGCAGUGAAGAGGAGGAUGAAGAAAGAGACAUGGGUGAACCGAGCUCCAUCAUCAACAUACCCGGCGAGUCGACCCUGAGGCGGGACUUCCUGCGUCUCCAGCUGGCCAACAAGGAGCGCUCGGAGGCGCAGCGGCGGCAGCAGCUGGAGCAGCAGCAGAACGAAGAGCACAAGCGCUUACUGUUGGCCGAGAGACAGAAACGCAUCGAGGAGCAGAAGGAGCAGAGGCGGCGGCUGGAGGAGCAGCAGCAGCGAGAGCGCGAGCUGAGGAAACAGCAUGAGAGGGAGCAGAGGAGGCGCUACGAGGAAAUGGAGCAGCUCCGCAGAGAGGAGGAGAGGAGGCACGCGGAGAGAGAACAGGAGUAUAUCCGUAGACAGCUGGAAGAGGAACAGAGGCAGUUAGAGAUUCUCCAGCAGCAGCUACUACAGGAACAAGCAUUACUGCUGGAGUACAAGCGUAAGCAGGUAGAGGAACAGCGGCAGGCGGAGCGGCUACAGAGGCAGCUCCAGCAGGAGAGAGCCUACCUGGUGUCUCUACAGCAGCAGCAGCAGCAACAGCAGCAGCAGCAGCAACAGCAGGAGGGAAGGCCAGCUGAGAAGAAACCACUCUACCACUACAAAGAUAUCAUCAAUCCUAAUGACAAGCCAGCCUGGGCCAAAGAGGUCCAGAAGCAGCAGCAUGUUAAGGGUAACCCACCCCACUCCAAACUACGACAUCACCAGUCAUUCAACCAACGGGCUUCAUCCCCUGGCUCUCAAGGCCAGCACAGAGCUCAGGCCCCUAGGCGAACUCCAUCCCAUGGUGCCCAGCCCCUCUCCAACCACCUCCCCAAUAUCCGUAUUUCACUCAAUCCCGGAGAACCCCUAGAUCCUGGGUUGAAGCAGGAGAUAAGUCAGCAAGUCAGAGAGUUUAGGGCUCAGAAACUCAGUCAGAGAGGGCGCAACCCAGUGCCAGUCCAGGAGCACAACCAGUCUAAUCCAGUGCCCAACCCUUAUGCUCUGGGGCCCAGUAAUCAGCAAGAAAAGUCUAGAGACAGGCCUCUCUCUGCCCCUAAUCAGGCAGCAAUCCAAGGGCUAAUGUGUCCCGACCCACAACUUAAGGCCCUACAACCUUAUCCUCAGUCCCCAAGACAGGUCCAGGAACCCCGGUCUGGAUCCAACGCUAUCUCCAUUCCUGCAGUAAAACUGGUGGAGGAGCGAUCUAAGCUGAACAGACAGAGCUCCCCAGCGCUGCAGCACAAAGUGUCCAACCGCAUCUCCGACCCCUCCCUCCCUCCCCGCUCCGAGUCCUUCAGCAGCGGGGGCAUGCAGCCCGCCCGCACCCCACCCAUCCACCGCUCCAUCGAACCACAGAUGGCUCACCUGGUGCCAGUGAAGACCCACUCCAGCUCCAUGUCUGGCUCUCAGUCUCUGCAGGACCAGACGGGUUCAGCUCUGAGCGAGGGCGUCAGCGCAGGCUCCCCCAGGCCUGAGAUGCCCCGGCAGAACUCAGAUCCCACUUCUGACACCCCGGGACCCCCGAUGCGCAUAGCAGGCAGGGAGGAGCGGGAUCGGGAACGAGAAAGAGACAGAGAUCGGGACAGGACCGCCUGGCUGAGAGAAGAGGACAUCCCACCUAAGGUCCCCCAGAGGACCACUUCCAUCUCCCCAGCCUUGGUCAGGAAGAACUCGCCUAACGGAGGAGUGGGUCUGGGCCCUCGCACAGGUUCUCAGCUCAUACGUGCUAGUAACCCAGACCUGCGGCGCUCGGAGCUGUCUCUGGACGCCAUGCUGCAAAGAACUUCCUCCAACUCGUCAUCCUCCUCCUCCCCUUCAUCUCAGGGAGGCUCGGCCGAGAGGAGAGGUCAAACCAAGCAGGAAGGAUCCCCGCCAGGAGCCAAUAAGGAGGCGAAGCCCAAGCAGGAGGAGGGCCGUGAAUCAGCCAGACCCAGCAGACCCGCUGACCUAAGUGCAUUGGCCAAGGAGCUCCGAGAACUGAGGGUAGAGGAGGGCAGCAGACCUCCAGUCAAGGUGACGGAUUACUCGUCUUCUAGCGAAGAUUCAGAGAGCAGCGAUGAGGACGGGGAGACGGUGGGACAUGAUGGGACUGUUGCUGUUAGCGACAUCCCCCGCAUCAUGCCAGCAGUGCAGAGCAGUGGUGAGUCGUAUGGAGGCCUGACAGAGGACUCUCUGGGAGAAGCCUAUAAUAGCUCCAAGGACGGAACUCUAGUGAUGAGAGAGGCAGAGGAGAGGAGGAGAGGCGGUCACAGCGAGAGCAACGGGUUCGGGAAUCACAGCAACCAUGGCAACCUCCCCGACCUGGUGCAGCAGAGCAACUCUCCCUCGGCCACACCCACCACAGCCCUGCAGGAGCUGAGCGACAUGGCGGAGUUCGGCGUGGGCGGGUCCAAAGCGUCCUUCACCCCAUUCGUUGAUCCUCGCGUCUAUCAAACCUCCCCAGGUGAAACUGACGAUGAGAACUCAGCGGCAGCCAUGUUUGCUAACGAGCUGCUGAGGCAGGAGCAGGCCAGACUAAACGAAGCCAGAAAGAUCUCCGUGGUCAACGUCAACCCGACCAACAUCCGACCCCACAGUGACACGCCAGAGAUCCGCAAAUACAAGAAACGCUUCAACUCUGAGAUCCUGUGUGCGGCACUCUGGGGUGUGAACCUGCUGGUGGGGACAGAGAAUGGCCUUAUGCUGCUCGACCGCAGUGGACAAGGAAAAGUCUACAACCUGAUCACCAGGCGGCGCUUCCUACAGAUGGAUGUGCUGGAGGGGCUCAAUGUGCUGGUCACCAUAUCUGGGAAAAAGAAUAAGUUACGUGUCUACUACUUGUCCUGGCUGAGGAACAGAAUAUUACACAAUGACCCGGAAGUAGAGAAGAAGCAGGGUUGGAUCACGGUUGGAGAGCUGGAAGGCUGCGUGCAUUAUAAAGUUGUGAAAUAUGAGAGGAUCAAGUUUCUGGUGAUUGCACUGAAGAACUCUGUGGAAAUCUACGCCUGGGCUCCCAAACCUUACCACAAGUUCAUGGCCUUUAAGUCAUUCACUGAGCUGCAGCACCGUCCCCAGCUGGUUGACCUCACGGUGGAAGAAGGCCAGAGGUUAAAGGUCAUCUACGGCUCCAGCGUGGGCUUCCAUGUCAUCGACGUGGACUCGGGCAACCCAUACGACAUCUACAUCCCCUCACAUAUCCAGAGCCAGGUGACGCCCCAUGCCAUCGUGGUGCUCCCGAAGACCGACGGGAUGGAGAUGCUGCUGUGUUACGAGGACGAGGGCGUCUACGUGAACACCUACGGUCGAAUCACCAAGGACGUGGUGCUACAGUGGGGAGAGAUGCCUACCUCCGUUGCCUAUAUCCAUUCAAAUCAGAUUAUGGGCUGGGGUGAGAAAGCCAUAGAGAUCCGCUCCGUGGAGACAGGCCAUCUGGAUGGAGUCUUCAUGCACAAAAGGGCCCAGAGACUUAAAUUCCUCUGUGAGCGGAACGACAAGGUGUUCUUUGCAUCCGUGCGUUCCGGAGGUAGCAGCCAAGUCUUCUUCAUGACCCUCAACAGAAACUCCAUGAUGAACUGGUGAUGGCUCCUCCCACCUGUCCGCUCUGCCUCACCCUCCCAUCGGCCUGUCGGGAGGUAACCCGCCAUGGCCCCGCGGCAGAUCUCACAAAAGGAACCUGAUUGACUGAGAAAGCCACAAGUGAACUCUUGAAACACCCUGAGAGACUGAAUUGGCGUUGGAACAAAACAAAAAAGAAGUUACUGUAGAGAAAAACAACAAAGUCCUGUUCUAAAUGAAGAGACAUGCUACCCUAGAUUAUGUCGGGUCAUGCAGAAGCCAUCGUUACUCAACCGACUGGCAAACUGGUGCCACUGACUUCCCAAAUAUCUUUUUCUGUCUUUGUCUGUAGCUCUUUUCCCUUUUUGUCCGUCUCUCGUCUCCACCAGUGCAUCCAGGUGUACAAGGGUAGAGUGCACUUUACACCUGCCUCCUUCUAUAUCCCUCUUCUUCCUUUUUGACCUGCUCUGCUCCCUCCUCCUCCUCCUCCCUGCUUAGAUCUAGUCGUCACUUUACCGAUCCUUUGACACCGGCGUCUUCCAUUUUCCACGCUUCCUAUCUGCCAUGUGUGGUCUCAUAUCCAGCGGAAAUACUACACCUCAGAGGUCGGGGAAACAGAUGAAUGAGAUUUAAUAUAAACUUAAAUAUAUACUUCAGAGUAUGACAGUUCAGGGAGGGCAGCUGAGGGAUGACAAAUCCAUUUCUGGAUGUCGGUGGUGAAAACGGACAGUCUGAUUGAUUUUCUUUCUCCUUUGUCUGUCCUCCUCCUCCUCCUCCUUCACUUCCUCCUCCUGCCAUCUUUUCGGGCUCUGAGUAAACCCAAUUGUGAUUUAAUGUUCGAUCGCAUUCCUCUGAUAAAGAUGCGAUGAGACUCCGCUGUCAUCGGCGGGUUGUAACAGUAUGCAACAAUGAUUUGUGUCCCUUUAAAAAUGAACUCACCGGUCCAUUCCUUCACCGUCUUUCCUUCGUCCUGCCAUCUUUACACUCAUCUCCCUGUUCUCACUCUUCCGUCUUUAAACUCUGAAGGUGCUGCAUCAGAUAUACUGUAAUAUUAAAUGAACAACGAGAGCGUCAUUCUGUUCUUUUCUUUUCUUUUUCUGUGGCUGACUCAAUCAGUCUUUGAAGCUUGAUGAAAUGUACAGCACAUCUGUGUCUCUGAAAAAUCAGGAGUGUAUGUAAGCGAGUGCAUAAGUGCGCGUGUUCGUGUGUGUGUGUGUGUGUGUGUGUGUGUGUGCACAACAUGAGUCCCAUUCAAAUCAGUUUCGAAUCAAAGUGGGAUAUCGAAAAAAAAAUCCGGGAAAAAAAAGAGUCAUGUGAUCGAGCCUCUGUGCGUGAACUUUUACCUUAAUGCAAUCAAAGCAACAUUGAGUGUGUUUACAUGCAGAUUUAUGAUAUUAUCUUCUUAGUAUGGAGUUUAUGAGUUGGUGUAUUUGAACACCAAGCAUUUAAAAAAAUAGGCAAUAUUAGUGGUUACUUUUGUUUUUGGAGUGUGCUUUUGUUUCCUUUAGCACAGUAGCAUUUUUUAGCUAUUCAUGAAUACAGCCACGGUGCUGUAGAUGCCGUGAAUAUGCUUAUCCUGAACACAACCUUGGCAGGAUCUACGAGCUACUGUCCCGAAUACUGUGCGCAUGUGAAAGCACUCACUGUCGAAAGCUGUGGUGUCCUUUUUUUUUUUUUUUUCUUUGAACAACCAUGCUCCUCCUUCCCCACCGAUUGUUUCUUCUGAUUUUGGCUCCAGCCUGUUUGUACAGUGCCUAGCAUGAUGUAAGCAAAAACAAAAAUGGAGGCCAAAUGAUUAGCGCUCACGUUUUUAUGACUCAUCAUUUUCGUUGCCUGUUUGGUUACUUUUCACUUCUCUUCUUCUUUUGUGUUAUUAUCUAACUUUAACACACUGAAAAUGUUACUUGUCUCCUCUGGUGGAGGUGUGCGUUAACAAAAUUUAAGACUUGAUUUGAAUUGAAUUUGUUUCUUGAAUUUAUUCUUUGAAAGGAGUAACUAAAUACGGUGUGACAAAUCCUUUUGCCGUUUUCUUUCUAAAUAUUUAGCACAGCUCAAUCAUUAAUACAUACUGUAUUGAAUUUAUAACACUAUUGAGGAUUCUUGCAUACUCAUCCAUGUUGGAGAGCACUGUAAUGCAGAUUAUUCUUUCUUUCUGGUGGAUGUACUGUGGGUUUUUGGCAGUAUUUUAGCCUAUGGUUAACAAAUGGAAGAACAACAACAACAACAACAGAUCUGACUCAUUCGAAUCAAGUUUUUCUGUACAAUUUAUUUCUGUCAUAUUUUUAAGGACUUUUUACACAUCCACACUGUAGCUGUUCCUGUGCAGCUCUACGUUAGGUCAACUGAUCUCUGUUAGGGGGAGCAGGUUAACAUUUUAGCAAUAAAGAGCCGAGCUGAAGAAACCACUGUCUUCCCUGUGUGUGUGUGUGUGUGUGUGCAUGCAUGCAUCUGUGUGUCUGAUUAAUGAGCAAGUGUGAAUGCGGGGCAUUAUUACUUUUGUUAGUCCACCACGGAACUCACUCUUCCCGUUUGGAAAAAAAAUGCUGAUGGUCGUUACACUGAGGACUCUCCUUUCAAAGACGAAACCACUGUAUUCUUGAUUCUAUUUUAUUUCUUUGUUUUCUUUUAUUUUGAAAGAGCAUUACUAAUGUCCUGUUUUGGGAUUUAUUUGUUUUGUAAAAGAGAAGCUGUAAGAGAGAAAUAAAUGAAACUAGAGCAUUA